AUUAUGCUUGCGAAACAGUAUUACAUUAAUACAUUGUAUUUUAUUGACAAAUAAGAAAACAUUUUUAAAUUUAUUUUAUAUCAAACACACUGUAUGCAGCAAAUAAUAUAAAAUGCACGUAUACCUAUAUAUGCAAGUAUGUGCAAUCUAAACUUAUCAUGUGACUUACUAUACCUAUAUAAUAUAAUACCUACAUAAAUUCGGCAAGCAACUCGUACAGUGUAAACUUUGAGGUUAAUGGAUCAUUAGUAUAUUUUUUGGGUUGAAUUAAUCAAUUUUAAGCACAAGUUUUAUACAACAAACACCUGAAAUGGCAGGAAAUUCUAGGAGGGUUCUUAAGUCUUUGACUGAUCAAAUAAAUAAAUCGCCCCUAUUAUACAACGCAAGCACAGCAAUUGGUAAUGCAACUGAAAGAGCUCAGGAAAAAAUUUCAAAUUUGCAAAAUGUAGCAUCAGAAAAAUAUACAAGUAUCGUUAAGCAAGUAAAUAACUCAACAAUAAUUCAAGAUUUAAAUGCAGCUGCAAUGCAACCUUCAACACCUUUGCCAAAACGUCUUAUUAAUUACUAUCAAUGGUUCCAGCAAUUGACAGGAAUGGAUAAAGUUGAAAUUGCCAAACAUCAUGUUAUAGUAAUCCAGGACGAAUUAUUUAAAUGUCAAGAUCAUAGAAGAAAUCUCACACGACAAGCAGCAUCAGUAAAUGAAAAAUUAAAAGAAAUUUAUAGUGAGCUUAUUCAAACAAAAAGAGAUGAUCCAAAAUAUGUACAAUUGACAAUCUUGGAAAAUAAGGGAUUACAAGAACAAGGUAGAAUUAAUAGACAACUGGAUCUUUUAGAAGAUGAAGAAAGGGAUCAUUUUACACAUUUAGCCACAGCAAUUAAAGAGUAUCAUGAUAGUCAGGCUAUGAAUGCUCAAAAAUAUAAAUAUAUUUCCAUAUUAGCAUCAGCACUUUUAGCUAUUGUAUCGCUGACUGGUUCAAUGAUUUACAAUAAUAAAAGGAUUUUAGAUGUAAGAAACGUUAUUACUGAUACACAAAAUUCAAUGGAAAGAAAUUUAAAUGAAAAGUUUUCUGCAAUAAUAAAAAGAAUAGAAAAACAAGAAACAAGUAUAACAUCAGCUCUUGCUAUAUCUGGAUUAACUACAGUAAGUGCUGCAGCUGCAGAAAAUAUUCUAGAUCACAAUGUAGAUGAAGAUCUUCCUAUGCCAGAUAUGGAAAAAAUUAAACAAACUGGCUAUUAUUUAGGGAUUGCAUUUUUUACUUUGUAUAUUUUGCAACAAAUACUUAGGAGCUGAAAUUUUUAAGUUAUAAUCAAGUUGAAUUCUGUUUAUAGAUUAAUAGUUGUGCAUUAUAUUGCCUUAAAAAGCAUUUAUUUGUUUUGUAAUAUUUGAUGAAAUGAUAUUUAUACUGUAUAAUUAAAUUACAAUACCUAUCAGACAAAAUAUAUAACA